AUGUCGAACAUCAUCCACAAGGUUAAGGACGCCGUCAAGGGCCACGGUGACCACCACUCUUCCUCCACCGACGACCAUCACCACACUUCCACGACUACCGGUACUGCUACUGACACCGCGGGCUCGACUUACGACCCUGUCAACACCUAUGACUCCAACAAGUCCUCCAACUAUGGUCCUCAUGACAGCAACAUUGCCAAUACCGUGGAUCCGCGGGUCGACAGUGACCAUUCUACCCAGAUGACUGGAGCCACUUCCACCCAUGGCCCUCAUGAUAGCAACCUGGCCAACAAAGCUGAUCCCCGCGUGGAUAGCGACCUUGAUGGGCGAGCUACCUACAACACUGCCUCCACCACCACUGGCUCUUCCAUGGCCGAGCCUGCUCACACUACUGGUGCGAAUUAUAGCACCCCUAGCUCCAUGAUGACUGAGCCAACCACGACAACUGGUGGGGGAUACAACACCAUCGACGCUCACAAUCCUUCCUCUGCCCAUACUAGUGGUCUGGGAGGUGUCUCUGAGCCCCAACAGGCUUCCACCCACUCAUAUGCCUCCGGCCCUGCUUCAUCUACUGCCGGACCUCAUGAGAGCAACCUCGCCAACAAGGCCGACCCCCGCGUCGACAGUGAUCGCAGCCAGGGUGGCUUGGGAUAUGUUCCCGAGCACCAGCAGGCUUCCACCCACUCGUAUGCCUCCGGCCCUGCUUCAUCUACUGCCGGACCUCAUGAGAGCAACCUCGCCAACAAGGCCGACCCCCGCGUCGACAGUGACCGCAGCAAGGAGCAGCACGGUGACCUUUCUGGCAACACCACAUUCGACCGUGAUGUCCACCGUUCCAGCAUCGGUGGCGCCGGCGUUCUACCCAUCUCUGGUAGCAAGGGCCCAACAACCACCAAGACCUUCGACCAGGCCCAGGAUAACAGCGCCGCGGGUAGCAGCUAUAGUACCACUCAGAAGACCGUGGGUCCGCACAAGAGCGACGUCGCCAACAAGAUGGAUCCCCGCGUGGACUCCGACCUUGAUGGCUCGGCUACUAUUGGUUCCCAGCGGACUUAA